GAUUCGCACAUUCGAAUCUGAACUGCCAAAUAGCAUGCGGAAACAUUCUCUUCUCAAUAUCCUUCGCGGAUCCCAUAAUGAACUCCGAUUGUUGCUAGGGCUUUCUUCCGGCUUAACAUAUAUUCAUGUCUAUUACCCGAUUUGCAGAUUGCCCCAGCUUUCUUGCCUAAAAGAACUAGAAGAACUUCAUCUUUAUGGAUGCAAUGAACUUGAGUACAUCCCGGAGCUUCCCCAAAGCCUCUUGAAACUUUGUGUUGACUCCUGUCCUAAGCUGAUGUUGCCUGAGUUUGACGAGUUCAAGUACUUGGAAGAGUUGUCAAUAAAACGCUACAAUUCCAUUGAAAGAAUGGACCUCUCAAAAUUGAAUCGUCUGAAAGGAUUGGACAUUGAGGAUUGCAAUAAUCUAGUUGAAAUUCAGGGCCAAGGUAAAUUAGAGUUCUUGGAGACAAUAACUAUAUGUAGGUGCAAGUCCAUUGGAAGGCUGAUCCUUCCGGAAUUACUGUGUUUGAAGCGACUACAUGCUCUCUCUUGCAACAAUCUAGUGGAAAUUCGAGGUCUUGAUGAGGCAGAGUUGUUAGAGGUGUUAGAUAUCUCUAGUUAUCGGUCCAUUGGAGAAAUUCUUGACUCCCCAAGCUUGGUGACCCCAAAUAAAAAGUUGGAAAAGAUAGUUUUAUCUGGCUUGUGUUUGAAGCAAUUAAAGGUUCACUCUUGUGACAAUCUAGUCGAAAUACAAGGUCUUGAUAAGGCAGAGUUGUCAGAGGAAUUAGAUAUCUCUUGUUGUAAGUCCAUUGAAAGAAUUCCUGACUUAUCAAGCUGCGUGACCCUGAAAAAGUUGGAAAAGGUAGUUUUAUCUGGCUGCAGAUCCGUCAAGAAGCUGAUUCUUCCAGAAUUGGUGUGUUUGAAGCAAUUAAAGGUUGACUCUUGCUUCAAUCUAAUUGAAAUACAAGGUCUUGAUAAGGCAGAGUUGUUGAAGGAAUUAGAUAUCUCUUCUUGUGAGUCCAUUGAAAGAUUACCUGAUUUAUCAUGCUUUGCAACCCUGAAAGAGUUGAAUAUCAAUCGUUGUCGCAAUCUACGUGAUGUUAAGAGCCUCGAGAGAUUCUUGUCUUGCCGAAGCAUAUAUAUAGAGGAGUGCGAUUCCCUAGAAAAAUUACCGAACCUAUCAAAACUUGAAAAUUUAGAGCAUUUUACAUUGAUAGGUUCAUUUGUUACAGAGAUUCCUGGGCUUGAGGAAUCAGGAUCUCUGAAACAUUUAAGGAUUAUAGAAUGCAAAGAAAUUGAGACUUUGCCAGAUUUGUCGGGAUGUAAGAAGUUGCAUGCUCUAAUGAUGCUAUCCUGCGAGAAACUUACUCAGCUUCGGGGACUUGAAAAAUUGGAUUUAAGGUAUUUGGAAAUUUGUGAGUGUAACUCAUUGGAAACGCAACCAAAAUUACCUGAAACAAACGCGGGCUGUAGUUGUGAUCCAUGGUAUGAAGAUGUUGAUUGCAUUAUUUUGCGAUAAUAAUGAGGUGAUAAUUCUUAAGCUACAACAAUAAGACGCGUCAUGUUUCCUUAGUAGAGGGUUUCGUACUUUCCUGAAUUCCAAGUCUUACAUGGGGUAGUUGGUCGUGGAAGCUGACAUGAUGCUUCGGCCCAGAUAAAAUUGUAGAUCCAAGUGUGAUUCUUCGUACGUUAGAAGGCAUGGGUCGUCCGGAAAUUCAAAUUCCAUACCAGAGACCGAUCAAAGUGAAGAAGAGAGAUUUUGCCAAGGAAUCAUCAACAACAGCUGAGGGCUAGCUUUUGUGCCGACCUUGAAGAGGCUCACAGGCCAACUGGAGUGUCCCGAGGAAGUGUUUUAUGCCUGUGAAGAUUAAAGCACUUGAUCUGGUCUCAAAGGCACAUAACCGAGUGAUUGAGAACAAAUUUUUUUUCAAUUGAACAUGCUUUUGGUAUGCUUAUUAGGUUUUACUUAAUCAAGUAUUGAAGUGCUCAAUUUUCUGCAUGUUGCCCUG